AACAUCCAAUCUUUUCCCUAGAAUGGAAUGGUAAAAAUAUCCGUAAUCGUGGAUAUCCACCCGAAUCCGGCCUAAUUGGGUAGAGUAAAACCCGAACCCGAAGGUCGUUUAAUGGGUACGGGUAAAACCCGAACCCGAAUAUUUCGGGUAAUGGGUGGGCAUGGAUUUCUCAUUAUCGAACCCGAACCCGCCAGAUUCUACACAUGCAUAUGUAUUUUGUCUAGAAAUAAUCAUUAUUUUUCUCUAACAUAUUUUAUAUUUAGCAUAUAAAUAUAAUAUUUUCAUGAAAUUAUGUUGUUUUAAUUAUUGGUUGGAGCAACUCAAGUAAGUAAGUAAGUAAGUAAGUAAGUAAGUAAGGAUCAGAACUCAAGUAAGUAAGUAAGUAAGUAAGUAAGUAAGUAAGUAAGUAAGGAUCAGAACUUAAAAACAAAGGAAGAGAUUAAAUACCAGCCCUCACAGAUCGAAGAAAGCCCACCCGCUACAGUACUCGUCGGAGUCCAAGUUCUUGCAAACGGCCGCCGAUAUAUGUCACCGCCGGGGACACACCUUCUCUUCUUUUCGAGUACACGUCGGGGACAGAAAUGGCUAAAUAUAAAAAGAUACAAGUCAUGCAGGAAUUGCAUGCUCUCCCAGCUGGCCUGGUACAUCGAUCACAUCCAAUUGCAUAUAUAUGUUCGCAUACUAUUGUUAUUUCUAAAAUAACAUCCCAUAUAUAUGUUCGCAUACUAUUGUUGUUUCUGAAAAUAACAUCCCAUCUUUUCCCUAGGAUGGAAUGGUAAAAAUAUCCGUAAUCGUGGAUAUCCACCCGAAUCCGGCCUAAUUGGGUAGAGUAAAACCCGAACCCGAAGGUCGUUUAAUGGGUACGGGUAAAACCCGAACCCGAAUAUUUCGGGUAAUGGGUGGGCAUGGAUUUCUCAUUAUCCAACCCGAACCCGCCACAUUCUACACAUGCAUAUGUAUUUUGUCUAGAAAUAAUCAUUAUUUUUCUCUAACAUAUUUUAUAUUUAGCAUAUAAAUAUAAUAUUUUCAUGAAAUUAUGUUGCUUUAAUUAUUGGUUGUUGUUAUGAAGAGAAAUUAUUACCCAUGGAUAACCGUUGAUACCCGAAACCCGAACGGGUAUGGGCAUGGUUUUGAUUUUUUACCCAUUUCAUAUGUGGGUAUGGAUAUGGGUAAAACACGAACUAGUUUGAGUAGGGUAACUGAUAUGCACUAUCUGCCCCCGACCCAUUGUCAUCCCUACUUUUCCCCUUCUCGAUACUUGUUUCCUGCUAUCUAAUUUUUGGGUUUAUUAGUUUUUAUUAAUUUAUUAAUUGACAUUAAACGUGCAUUAAUAACGAAAUUGACAUUGUACGCAACACAAUUUGAUAAAAUGUUGCAAAAACUAUACAAUUAGGCAACCCAAAAUUCAUUUAUGAUAUAUGUGUUGCGUAUAAUAGAACAAACGCAACACAUGAGUAAUUUGAGUUGCAUAAACUACUCAAUAUGUAGUUGUAUAAAAAAGUAUUGUCAUUGUAUAUCUCACGCAACACUUUCAAAUAGUGUUGCAAUCCGAGUGUUGCAAGAGGUGCAUUUUUCCGUAGUGAACUACCACGAAAGAAAGCGGGUUGGUCGUGAAUUUAGUAAUUUAAAAUUGUAAAUAGAUAAUUAAGAUUAUGAGAAGUGACAUUAUUGUCGAUUUAUCACAUGAUAGUUUCAGACACGGUCUGUGUUAUAUCAUUUCAUUAUAGAAAUGAGUUUUCGAUCGAAAUGUAAGAGAGUAAGAUUAUACUGAGAAUUCGAUUUUUUUUUUGGUGCGAGCCGCAAGGAAAGCGAGUCGAGUUACAAAAGCGAUAAAACUCGCACCCGACCCAGAACUCAUCAACACUACGUUUAACCUAUUGUUUUAAUUUGUUAUUUGGGUGCAGGUCGGACGGAAAGUUGGCAGAGUUUUUAGCAAAAUGCACACCCGACCCAACCCGUCAAUGAAAACACGGGUAAAACUCACUCCCGACCAAAAACUUGUCAACAUCAGGUUGAACCAACUUUGAUCGGGUCAAUUGUUUUGUUUUUUGGUCCGAGUAGGAUGGGAAGCGGGCCAAAUUUUAAACAAAAUCCCCACGGACACAACCCGUUAAUUACAAAAAUGGGUAAAACUCACUCCCGAAUCAAAACUCGUCAACAUAUAAUUCAACCCGCUUUGACAAGAUCGAUUUUUUUAUUUUUUUAGGUGUAGGUCGGAUGGAAAGCAGACCUAGUUUAAACAAAAUACACACCCUGUCUGUCAAUUGCAAAAGAAGGUAAAAAAAACUUGCUCGCGGCUCAAAACUCGUCAAAAUUUGGUUCAAUUUGCUUUGACAUGGUCGGAUUAUGUCGAAUACCCAUGGGUUUGGGCUCAAUUGUCAUAAAAUAAAUUACCAUGAAGUUCAAGUUUAAAUGGCACUUAAGUUUUGAUUUAGGGGGUGAGUUUUUAACAAAUCCACACAUGUCACAGUCCUUCCAUUUCAAAAGCGGGUGAAACUCGCUCCUGACCUAAAACUUGUCAACGUUGGGAUCAACUCACUUUGAUCAUGUUUAAUUGGGUCGAAUAUCCAUGGGUUUGGGUUCAAUUGUCAUAAAAGAAAAUACAAUAAAAAGUUCAAAUGACACUAAAAUUUUGAUUAGUUGGGCGGCUGGGCCAAGUUUUAAGCAAAUUUCACACUCGACCCAACUCGUUAAUAAAACUUGCUCUCAAACCUAAACUCAUCAACACUAAAUCGAACUCGCUUUGAUCGGGUCGAUUAUCGUGUGUUUUAGGCGCAGGUCAAAUGGAAUGCGAACUGAGUUUUUAGCAAUAACACAUCUAUUUAACAAUCACUACUUCCAAACCACCCCUUAAACAAUUUGAGAGGGCAUAAGUUUGGAACUUGCCCCUCGACCCUUCAACAAAACUAUCCAUAGGUACAAAAUGGGUAUUUCUGAAUAAGACUCGCAAAAAUGGUAACAUUACUAGAAACAUAAUCUAGUCCAGUUGCUAAAGGUUGCAAUCAAGAAGACAGUAUUUAUUUUGAUGAUAAGUUCACUUUUUUUUUUCUCGUAAUGAUGAUAAGUUUACUUUAGUUGCUAGAAUCGAAGCAAUACGUUUAUUGUGUGUGUUUACUAGUGCCAAACUAAUUAAACUUUACCAAAUGUGCGUCAAGCGUGCAUUUUUAAUGAUUUUCUAAAUCAUGAGGUCUUUGUAGGAUAGCCUCCAUGAAGACCAUUUUUCCUGAUCGUGGAUUUCGACUUAAAAAGAAAUUGUACGGUUUAAAAAAGCGUCAUGAGCUUCGUAUGUAACAUCCCGACGUUUUGGAUCGAGUUCAACCAUAUUUCAUAAACGAUUGGAUAGAUGGUUACGUACGAAUGGUUACAUCAGUGGACCAAUAAUAAUAAUAGUAAUUAUAAUUAUUAUUAUUAAUCAUCAUCAUCUUUAAUCAUCACCAUCUUUAAUCAUCAUCAUUAUUAUUAUUAUUAUUAAACACAUCCCACCCAUCUGUACACCACCCCACCUCUCCCUCUCUUUAUCAUGACCCCAAUUAAUCCCAUCUCUCUCGCCCCAGUUCCUAUAAAGCCCACAAGAGACCAAAUUAUAUCAUUUACCAUCUGUGAUCUACUCUCAAUCACUAUGGAACAAGAAUAGCAGAGCUAACGUGUAACCCCCAUACCUCUACCCAUGCCAAGACAAAGCUGGCAAAAUUAAUAAGACGGUUGGCAGCUGUGCGAAUGCAUUGUCGAUCGGUGGCCUUCAACAAUGAGCUUAAGUCAACUUAGCUUCUUCCUUCCAUGAAUAACGAAUCUGUUCUCCUCCAACAAUACAUCAAACCGUCACUCACUCCAUCUCAUUCUCAUCUCCUCACCGCCACGACUGGUUCUCGAUCAGCACCACCACCUCCUCCUCCCAUCAUCAUCGAAUUCCCUCCCUUCUCGUACGUUGCUUUCGCCCGCCAACGUCUCAUCGUCACCAUCACCGGAGGAGGACGCAACCAGUAGCAAGAAACAUAAGUUCUACUCACUAGGAACUAGGUAUAGGAACGCCCAAGAGGUAAGCGAACCCGAUACCUCUCGUCAAUUUCCACGUUUAAGUUAAUUAUACGAGUUGUGAAAUUCUGGGAAUUAGUGACCAAACUUACAGUCUUUUAGUGACGGAAUUUGGUUGUCUCUAAAGACUUCUGGUCUAUUGUCCAGAUCAGUCCCCCAUGCAUUCAGCACAUACAGCUUAGUCCCUCGGAGUUUUAAGUUUUGAUAAUUUGGCCCGAAAAUCGUAUUUUUCAUGGUUAUGUUUAUUUCCGACACAUUUACGUGGGUAUUUUCAUAACAUGAUAAUUUUAUAAAUUUUAGAAUAUUUGUAUGAUGCUCGUGUAUAAAUUUUAGAAUUUUUG